AUGAAGCUGAUUGAACAGUUUGUCGGCGGACUCAGCGAAUCAAAUAUCCAGCAAGCCAUCCUGACUCCUGCGGUCGACACCGAUGAAGUCAACAAAAUUCAGUUCGGCACUAACAAAUCUUUCAGCAGCAAACCGAGGUUUCCGAGAAAGAAAAAUUUCACCCUCAAGCAGACUCCGAAUCCAAAGUGCUCGAGAUGCGGAGACAACAAUCAUCUCGCUCAGGACUGCUACUUCAAAAACGCAGAAUGUCGAGUAUGUCGAAUGAAAGGACAUAUAGCAGUGGUGUGUAGAAAAACCCAAAACAAUCACUUGCUCGAAGAGAUUCCGUUUAACUACGUCGAAGGGAGCCUCGAAGACCCGAUACUGCUAAGCCUUAAAAUCCACGGUCGUCCAAUCGGAAUGGAAUUGGACACCGGCACAGCAACUCGAGAGCUCUUCGAGCCGAAAGGGUUCGUGAUUGUUCCAGUGGAGUACCGAGGUCGAUGCGAAGAUUUGAAGCUGUACCUUGUCGAUCGCCCAAACUUCCCGACACUCUUGGGUCGAUCGUGGCCAAGACUGCUCGGACUCGACGCGUUGGACAUUGAGAAAUGUCACUUCACAACGAGAGACUAUGGAAUCCAAGAAUCUCCUGCUGAAAUACCCAAGUCUCAGUGUUGA